AUGAAGGGUGUGAGUGGACUGGCUCUGGUGGCCAGCGCGUCAUUCGCCCAGGCUCUGUCGACCGUAUCUCUCACAGCAGCAGCGGCCACUAUCACCACACCUACGUUGUUUUCGUAUGAACAGCUGCAGCUGACCGAGAGCGAACUUGUCAAUGUGUCUCAGUCGUUGCAAAAUCAGACGAUUGCUAAUAUGUUUGCUUUUGGUAACUUUACCAACUCCAACUCCACCGUUACCAAGCGUGCCGUGCGCCACCAUUGCAAACCUAUGCCUGGGGACUUGCUGUGGCCCUCUGAAAUAGUUUGGGAUAUUUUUGACAUCCUUCUCGGCGGGUCUCUGAUCAAGACAAAGCCUCUGGCCGCCUUUUGCUACCCAGACUGGCCAGAGUAUGAUGCCACCAAGUGUGCGACUAUCACUGCAGAGUGGCUUACCUCGAACUUGCACAUGAGUGACCCUACAUCCAUCAUGCUGCCAUUGUAUGAGGGUCGCACUUGUCUGCCGUCGCCGUAUAACUACACUUCGACCUGCACGCAGGGUUCCUACCCCACCUAUGCUGUCAACAUCUCCACCGUCGCCCAGGUUCAACUGGCGGUCAACUUUGCCCGAAACCUGAACCUGCGGUUCGUGGUGAAGAACACUGGCCAUGAUUUCAAUGGCAAAGCCGCUGGCAAGGGGGCACUCUCCGUUUGGACUCAUCAUUUGAAGGACAAGGAGUACCUUCCCCACUACAAGGCCACCAAUGGCUACGUCGGCCCAGCUAUCAAGUUUGGCUCUGGUGUUCAGGUCUGGGAGGCUUAUGAAUUUGCCAAAUCUGUUGGCCACUCCGUCGUUGGAGGCGAGGCGGUCACUGUUGGCCUGGGUGGUGGCUACACUGCUGGUGGUGGUCACUCCCCCUUGUCUAGCAUGUACGGUAUGGCAUCUGAUCAAGUCCUCUCCAUGCAAGUCGUUCUUGCGGAUGGUCGAUUCAUUACUGCUAGCGCCACCGAGCAUGCGGAUGUUUUCUGGAUGCUCCGUGGUGGCGGUGGUAGUACCAUUGGCGUCGUCACUUCUCUGGUUGUCAAGGCCUUGCCCAAGUUGGAGACUACUACUGUGACCUUCAAUUUCACUGUUAGCGACACACCUGGUCCUAAUGCUUUCUGGGCCGCAGUUUCGUCGUACCUCGACCACUUUGAGGACUUUGUUGAUGCUGGUACCUAUGGUUAUUACUACAUUGGCGCUUCCUCGGCUGAGAUUGGCACUACCUAUGCCGGUGACACUGACUACUAUUUCCGCAUGGAAUCUUUCAUCGCGCCGAACAAGACCCUUGCUGAGACCAAGGCCCUGGUCGCCCCAUGGUUCAAAACCCUCGACAGCCUGAAUGUCACCUACACACCGUGGUACAACAACGCGGAUAACUUCCAUGAUGUUUGGGUCAAUGCUUUUCCCCAGGAAUAUGUCGGAACCGACGUCGUCAAGACCGCUUCCCGUCUACUUCCUCGUAGUGUCUUCCAGAACGAGACCCUCCUCAACAAGACCUCGGCUGCCUACAAGGACGCUGUGGAGAAGGGCCUUUUCAUCGCCGGUUUCCACGUUAGCGGUACCGGAAUUGCCGUCGAUCCACCAACGGACUCCUCCGUACUCCCCGCAUGGCGUGAUACCCUCACUCACGUUAUCGUCGGCUCCGAAUGGAAUUUUACCUCCUCCUGGGAUGUGAUCAAGGAUUCCUCACUCUUUGUGACAGAGUGGAUGGAUGUGCUCCGUGAGAUCGCCCCCGACUCUGGCGCCUACAUGAGUGAGGCCGAUCUCCUGGAGCCAAAUCUCCAGGAAGCCUUCUACGGUACCAACUACCCACGUCUUUAUGCAAUUAAGCAGGAGUAUGAUCCAAGUGGUCUCUUCUUCGCUCUUACUGCUGUCGGCGCCGAAGACUGGGAGGUUCAGACCACUGAUCCAUUACCCUACUCGUGGAACAACAACGGGCGACUCUGUCCCGUCUCUUCUUGA